GAUGACUUGCAAUCUUCGGUUAUAGGACAGCCAACUAUAACAUGCUGGCUUAUCUGUGGUACUAAAUGUUGCAGAUUAAUCGAACAUACCCAUGUAUGUUCCUUAGUUCAUUCAGUUUCCGUUUCCUUGAUAGUGGUCACAAACGUAUUAGCCUUUUUGCAGACUGCGCUAAUAGGAAGAUAAAAGAUGGUCGCCCAAAAGAAGCAGAAAAAAGCAAUGGAGAGUAUAAACUCCAGGUUAGCCCUGGUGAUGAAGUCAGGAAAAUAUGUACUUGGCCUCAAACAGACUCUGAAGACAUUGAGACAAGGCAAAGCCAAGCUUGUCAUCAUUGCUAACAACACUCCUCCACUGAGGAAAUCAGAGAUUGAAUACUAUGCAAUGUUGGCAAAAACUGGAGUCCACCAUUACUCUGGUAACAACAUUGAACUUGGAACAGCUUGCGGGAAAUAUUUCCGUGUUUGUACACUGUCUAUCACGGAUCCUGGAGAUUCAGAUAUCAUUCGAUCGAUGCCAACUGGAGAUGGACAGUAAUUAAAUUUCUUUGUUAUGUAUAAUAAUGCAAAAUCUGAAAUAAAGUUUUACUUUGA